AUGUCUGCGGCGUCCGAACUCUCGCUCGAGGGCGGCUGUGCUUGCAGAAAUGUCCGUUACCAGGCCUCCGGGGAGCCUCUUAUAGUGCACUGCUGCCACUGCCACUGGUGCCAGCGCGAGUCUGGGUCGGCGUUCGUAAUCAACGCUCUCUAUUCUGCCGAGCGCGUGACGUAUCUAGGCGCCGAUCCGAACCUAGUCGUCACUCCCUCACAAAGCGGCAAGGGACAAACCAUCGCACGAUGUCCGAAGUGCCAUGUGGCGGUGUGGUCGAACUACUCCGGCGGAGGACCGCUUGUAAGGUUCGUCCGCGUGGGAACCCUGGAUGGCCCGCACAGACUUGCACCCGAUGUCCAUAUCUACACUGGGUCUAAGGCGCCGUGGGUUGGGCUGCCGGAAGAGGUGCCUACUUUCACCGAGUUUUACGAUGUGACGAAGAUUUGGGCUCGGGAGGUCGAUGAGAGGAGAUAUGCCGUAUGGUUGAAAAUCCAGGCUGCUCGAGCUUCUCGGGAUGCUGGUUCUAAUGCUUAG